CUCCUCUCAGCGCUGUGAGGACAUGGCUCUCCCAAGUGGAAGAAGAUGGACAGUGCAGAAGCGCGGGUACACUCCUCCUCCUCCUUCUCCUUCUCCUGUUUCAGUCACUCUCUGACCUUCCUAAAGUCAGCCCCUCUCUCUGAGAGACAGAGUGAAAGUCUGAGGCGGGAAUUUACCGGUUCAGUGGCCGCUGAGAGGAGCAGAGACCGAGAAGACCCGUCUGUCUAAUUUUAUCCAGUUAUAAAGGAACUGUGUUGGAUGUUGUGGAAGAAAACAGUAAGAAACUGAAAGAAUAGGUCAGUUUAAUUUCUAAAAUCUCCUCGAGGUCGAUGGACUCUCCUCAGAAGGACCUGGUCGUGGUUACAGGGUUUGGUCCUUUCCGGCAGUAUCUAGUGAAUUCAAGCUGGGAAGCAGCAAAGGGUCUGAAGAAAGCAGGCCUCAGAGAGGGCAGUGAAGUCUGCAUUGUAGAGAUUCCUGUGAGUUACUCAAAAGCGCAGCAAGUCCUUGCUGAAAUAUGGCACACUGUCAAACCAAAGGUUGCUGUCCACUUGGGCAUAGCACCAGGGGCCAAAUGCAUCAUUCUGGAACAAACAGCCAAGAACCAUGGCUACAAAGAGAGAGAUGUGUGUGGCUCCUGUCCUGCUAAUAACUGUUGCGUUGAAGGAGGAGCGGAUCAGUUGGACUCCAUUAUAGGCAUGAGGUCCCUUGCCAAGCACUUAAAAGGGCUCGGUCUGGAUGUCAUCUAUUCCAGGGACGCUGGGAGGUACCUGUGUGAUUUUGUGUAUUACUGCUCCCUACAUUACGGGCAGAGGAGGGCAGCAUUCAUCCAUGUGCCCGCCUCUGGCAAUCUGGCACGCCCUGAGAUACUGGUGCCACAGCUCCAGGCCAUCAUCCAGGCCCUGUUACGCCAGAUGGACACUCUCAGAACAUCACCCACAGCAUCAGAGUGCCAGCCAGCCAGUGCCACCUGAAGAAGAAUGCAGCAGAGAUACAAUAGUACAAUAGCAUAAUAGCGUACAGCAGACGUAUUUAAACACAACAAACACGCUACAAGCAAAGCUCGACACAGUUUCUGUCUCAUUCACUUUUUUAAUUCAAAAUUGAAGGAAAAAAAAGAAAAUACAUGAAAAUUCUUCAGAUACACAUUAAGCCAAUGGCAUGUAAAAAGUAUACCAUCUCAACUAGAGGUGGGGAGAAAAUAAAAUAAAACGAGGAGACCUCAGAUACAUAAUUUACGAGAAGACAAGAGUACCAGCCAAGCCAUUUCACCAAAUCAGUUUCUACCAAUCAAUUCAAUGACACAGAUAUAUUUCUUUGCAACAAAGAAAAAAAUAAAAGCAUUAUCAAUUGAAAAUGUCUCAGUACAGUAGAACAAGGCCCCUUUUUUCUUUUUUUUUUGUUUCGGAAUGCCAAGCAAAAUAACAGUGCCUGGAAACUGAUGUUUAUAAAACCUCAAGCUCAUUAUUGCAAUUAGAAUGCAUCCAUGCAUCUUCACUAAACCUGAGGUUUUGCAUUCUGAAGAAAUACAAUAAAAUUAAUAAUAUGAUACUUGAGAGAAGAAAAAAAAAUCAAAUCAAACUCUUUCAGUCAGUCUACCUUCAGGUUUGCAAAGAACUGGCAUUGCAACAAGCGCUAUUUCUACUGUAAACGUAUCUCUUUUAAAAUUCUAGUCAUGUCAAAUCUAUCAUGACUACCCGUAAUCUACUGGACAUCGCUGUCCUAUUUGUGUCUGUAUAUGUAUUUGUGUUUUGUAGUAGAUCUGUCACCUACAGGUAACUAAGGAACCUUGGCAGCAUUCAAUGAAAACUGACAUUCACUUUGCAAAAGGCCAACCCUUUUGUCCAUUUCUUUACAGAAAGAAAAAAAUAACAAACAGAAAUAAAUAUCACUGAUCUCUAUUUUUUUGUCAUUAUAAAGACAUCAAAAUGUACAUCACUACAUCUACAUGUGAUACACUCCCAUCCAUAUACAUAUGCAACAACACAAGCACAAGGCCUUGUAAAGAAUGGAGAUUUGGAUUCUGUCUUGUGCCACGCAAUACAAUGCGAUUUUUAUUUAAACAAUUCCUCUUUUUUAUUUCCAGCAAAACUUGAUCUUCCAACCAGGUCUCCCUAUCACUGGCCCCACGUUUCAGCCCUGGAAUUCCUCUUAGAGAAGAUUACUACAAAUCAGGAGUUAAAAGAACAUUUUUUGUUAAGUGCAAUGAAGAACUUUUAAAGUUGGUAAGAUUGUGAACUACAAAGGCCUUCACACUGUAUUCCAUGUCGUAUAUUGAUGAUCUGACCUCUUGUCUACUCAGUAGAUGUUUUGAGGAACCGUUCUGCUGAGCCUUAACGACUGUCCAGUGCUUUAGAAAACCAACUGUAAUGGAUAGGCCUAACAACUGAAAGAGUAAAGCAGCAUAUUGUGAGCAGCAGUAUAGAGGAAAAAAACGAGAGAGAGAG